AUGAUAUCUGAGAGUGACUGGCGCGUGGUAGGUACUUACCGUUGGCGGUCCUUAUAUCAGGGGUAUACAAAUUCAGAGGAACAAUGUCUUUAUGAAGAUGCAAUGCACCUAGAAAACAUCCCUAUUCUUCUCUACGACACCAAGCAGGAAGAUGGAGGAAUAUUGGCUCCUCGGUACGUCGCUAGAAAGGUUUCAGCGCCACAGGCUUCAUGUCAAAAAGUGAAGGUGCUUUCUGGUUGUGCUCAGCCGCGGGAUAGUACACCUGCGAUGCCCCUAGAAUCCAGCCUCAACUGUGGAACAGCUCCUACCGUCUCUGGCUCUCCCUCCCAUUCGAAAAAGUUUUCUCUGGUGGUAGGGACAACACUUCCACAGCCCCCACAUACCGUAUUUGUGUUGUUUCUUGUUCUAUUAUUAGCCGAUAUUGCGGUGACGGCCACUGCCGUGACGACCACGCCCACAAGUCCAUUGAUGUCUGCCGUUUGUUGCCUUGCGGCACUUGGCCCGGAUGUUGUUUCCAUUGGCCUAAUACUGAGGCGGGAACGCAAUUCCACUUUUGCGGCAAUCCAUGUAGUAUUGUGGCCUUGCCUUGUUUUUCUUUUUCUCUUUCCUUUUAUUUCAAUGGUAUUUAUAAUACACUUCAUAUUGUCUGCAAUUUUGUUGCUUUUUCUUGUGCGCUUUCGUGUGAGCUCGCACACCACAUUUUUUACCUUUCAGUAA